AUGGACAAGCUAAUUCAGCAGCAGAACGCGAUCCUAGAAGAAAUUAAGCGUAUAGAGACUAAUUUUAGGAAGGAUUCACCAUCCCGUAAAACGCGCGAAUAUCUCGAUGAGAGACUCGCUAAUUUGGACAGGCUCUGGGCUGAGUUUAAUGCGAACAAUGACAAGCUCAGUCUGCGCGGUCAACCUGAUGCUCCAUAUUUCGUCGAAAAUCAGUACGAGGAGGCACGCGAAUUUUACAAUAAUGUCCGUUAUAGAAUUUCUUCCUAUACACCUACUUCGAAAACAGACCAGACAGGCGGAACAUUUAACAAACAGCCGUGGUCACACCUUCAAAACAUUAGACUUGCGGAUCCCGACUUCAACAUCUCCAGACCUAUUGACAUGCUACUGGAUGCGAGUGUGUAUUCCGACAUCCUCAUGGAUGGCCUCAUCAAGGGCCCUAACAAGGCGCCCAUGGCACAACAGACUAGGGUAGGUUGGAUCUUGUCAGGGGACGUGAAGACAUUUAACUGCUGUGUCGUGCUGAACAAUCUAGCCGAUAUUUCACAGUAUUGGGAGCUCGAGGAGGUUCAGAACUCCUCGACUGCCCGCUCGGAGGAAGAUGAGUACUGCGAACAGCUGUACCAGUCGACCACGAGACGAUUACAGAACGGUAGAUAUGAAGUUGCGAUUCCGAUGAAACAGGACUUUGAGAAACAUCUGGGAAACUCUAGACCGAAGGCGAUAGCACAAUUAUAUAAUUUGGAACGUAAAAUGGCAAAAAAUACAGAAUUCUCAGAAAGCUACACACAGUUUAUGAGGGAAUAUCUAAGUUUAGGACAUAUGAAACCUGUAACAAAAAAGGUAGAGCCGUCGUACUACCUCCCGCAUCAUGGAGUUUUAAAAGCUGACUCGACAACAACUAAACUGAGAACCGUUUUUAACGCUUCAUCAAAAACUUCUACGGGGUACAGUUUGAACGAUUUGAUGCUUCAAGGCCCAAAUCUACAAAGCGAUUUACAUAGUUUAAUUUUAUCGUGGCGUAAACAUAAAAUCGUCAUUACAGCGGAUUUGGAAAAGAUGUUCCGUCAGUUCUUUGUCAGAGAAUGUGACCAGCAUCUUCAAAGAAUCGUAUGGAGAGACAUCUUCUCGACCGCAAAAACUGCAGACUCUUUGCCGCAAGAAUACCAAUUAACGACAAUCACAUACGGAACUAAGUCUGCGCCGUAUCUUGCCAUGCGAACCCUGAAACAGCUCGCUUUAGACCAUAAGGAUGAUUUUCCUCUAGCAUCACAUGCUAUUUUGACGUCAUUCUAUAUGGACGAUCUCCUCACAGGUGAGAGUUCUAUAGAGAAAGCGAGAGAUUUGCAAAAACAGAUUAUUGAUAUUUUCAACACAGCAGGCAUGAACAUACGUAAAUGGUCCAGUAACAACAUGGAGCUCACACAAAACUUGUCACCAGAACAGUUGGACAUUUCGCUAGAUUUCAAAUGUGCUGAAUCGCGAAAAACAUUAGGGUUACGUUGGAGUCCUAGAACAGACUCAUUUACAUUUCAAAAUAAAUUCGUGGAUUUAAAUAGCGAGGAUCACCUUACAAAACGACAACUACUCUCCAACAUUUCGAAGAUUUUCGAUCCGCUGGGGUGGCUCUCACCUCUUACAGUAAGAGCUAAGAUUUUGUUUCAACGAACUUGGUUGGAACUGAACAUUACCUGGGAUGAUGAGCUUCCUCAGCAGAUAAUUUGUGACUGGAAAACAUUAAAACAGGAUUUUCAACAUUUGGAUAAAUUCGAAUUACCGAGAUAUUUAGGUAAUACUCAUAAAUACAUUAUACAUGGGUUUUGCGACGCCUCGGAAAAGGCUUACGCAAGCGUGGUGUACAUUACCGCUACAAACAGUAAAGGCGUGUGCACAACGAGGCUGCUUACGGCGAAAACAAAACUCGCUCCUUUGAAGAACAAGUUAACUCUACCUAAGCUUGAACUAUGUAGCGCACAUCUUUUGGCUAACCUUUUGGAUAAGGUCUUGGCUACAAUGACGGACAGUCAAUAUGAGGUACAUUGCUGGAGUGACUCUAUGAUUGCAUUGGCUUGGAUUCAAGGUGACAUUCACAGAUGGCAGAAAUUUGUAUCCAUCAGAGUGCAAAAGAUUACAGAAAUUGUCGAACCUUCACGUUGGCAUCAUGUGAGUUCAGAAUUAAAUGCAGCAGACUGUGCUACAAGAGGAUUGACAGUUGCACAACUAGAAUCCCAUUCAUUAUGGUGGGGCCCAGAAUGGCUCAACAAGUUAGAUAUAAGUUCAAUUGAAAACGUUUCUAAUUUAACUACAUGUAUUGAAGAAAUUAAGGCUAGUGUGAACGCGACUUUAUCAACUACAAUUAUAAAACAUAAGACUUUAAUAUUACAAUUAUUGAAUGAAUACAGUUCAUUGGCACGUGUCGCAACAACAGUGGCAUGGCUAUCACGUUACAUCCUGUGGCUUCGCAACAAGAAGAAUGUGCCACAUCAGAAUUAUUUGUCAGCUGUUGAAAUGGAAAAUGCAUAUUGUAUUAUAAUUAGAACUGUACAAUCUAUAGAAUUUAAGGAAGAAUUUAGUUGUAUUUUACAGAAUAGAAAAUUACCUAGGAAUAGUAAGGUAUUAUGUUUAAAUCCGUUUAUUAGCAAGGAUGGGUACGUGAGAGUGGUAUCGGUUAAGACCAAGAAUGGUAUAUUGAAAAGGCCAAUUUUAAAACUUUCCCGACUUCCAGUCAAGGAGAGCGAUACCAUACAGGUGAACAGCAGCUCUAGUGAUCAUGAUCGACACGCCGUGACCCCUGGAAUAACGAACAGGAUGAAGAUGCAGUUGGAGAACAUAAGAAACGAAGCUGAUGUGGUUUACUCUCCCGUCAGUGUACACGAUGUACACCACUAUACUGCGAUCUACGCCACGCUGACACUGCUGAUCUUAGGGGGGUGCAUUUACGUCGUCCGUCGUGUUCGUAAGACGAGCCAACAACAGUUUCGAGUGUCCCCUGCUGUCACUGCCCCGGUGGUUCUGCGGGCGGUGGAGGCCACUAACGUGGAACUUCCGGAGCUGCCUACAAAGCAGCAGUCAUUAUCAUCAACGGGGGUGGUUCCUCCGAGCACCAGUACGCAGUCAUGUGUGAAAACAAGUGGCAAGUGUAAAAAAUCUGUGCGAUUAUGGUGCGAAACUAUAAGAGAAAAAAAGAAAAGCAAUAUACUCAAGACCAACUUCUUGCAGCUGUUGAGGAAGUGCGCAGAAAAGAAAUAA